AUGGGCUUAGCCUCAAAUACACCAAAGUCAUAUUCUUGUGUGGUCUGUCACAACAGAAAGGUCAAAUGUGAUCGCAAAGAGCGGUGCUCAAAUUGUGCAAAGGCCAGUGUUGAGUGUAUUUACCGCGCUCCGCCGCCACCGCGUCGUCGCAAAAGAGAGCUUGACGCGAGUGCAAGCGCGUUUCAGGAACGCGCGAAGUUGCAACGGCGCGAGCCUUCACGAGCUAAUCAGCCUGGUGAAGAGUCAUCAAGAACUGAAAAUGAGCCCUCUAAUUUGGAAAUCAAGCGAGGUGGGUCGGGAAGGAUGGUCAUAAAGGAUGGAAAUUCAAUUUAUCUCGACAAUAAUCUUUGGACAAGUGUCAGCUAUGAGCUUCCGGAUGCAGCAGAUGUUAUGAAUAAUGCGUCUGAUAACCCCAGUGAAGACUUACCGCAGGAAGAAGAUAUCCAUGAAUCUGAAAUGCUCAUGGGGAUUGCUUCUUCAAAGAGCCUUGCGGAUCUACAUCCAAACCUUCUGCAAAUUUACAAAUUAUGGGUGACUUUCUUCGAAAAUGUCAAUCCUUUGAUCAACAUCUUGCAUUGUCCAACGCUUCGGCCACAGAUGAUGGUGGCUGUCACUGGUGAUCUUACGAAAAUAGGGAAGGAGAUGGAAGCGUUGCUAUUCUCCAUAUACUGUAUAGCGUUGGUGUCCUUACAGUCCGACGAAGUGGAAAGAACAUUCGGUGAAAGUAAGAAGAAGCUCCUCUCACGAUGCCGACGAGGAGCUCAAUUAGCCCUGAGCAAAGCCUCGUUUCUUCGCACCUCAAACUUCAUGGUGCUACAAGCGUUUGUACUAUAUUUGUUAUCCAUGCGCGCAUUCUCUGAUCCACAUACAAUCUGGACCAUGAGUGGCGUUGCCUCACGAAUUGCUCAGAGAAUGGGGGUUCACCGUGACGGUACCGGCUAUGGACUGAACCCAUUUGACACUGAAAUGAGACGACGGCUCUGGCUUCAACUCGUAGUCAUCGAUGCUACGUCUGCACAGUUCUGUGGUGUCGCUUCAAAUCCAUUGCCCGCCAAUGCUGAUACCAAACCACCGAUGAAUAUCAACGAUAGUGAUCUGGAAGAGUGCAUGGCCAAGCAGCCAAGUGAAAAGCAAGGCCCAACGGAGAUGAUUUUCUGCCUUGCUCGUAGCGAAUUUGGUCAAUGGCUUAGUCGCUGGAGCAAAACUGCAGGCCCCUCCAAUUCGCCGUGGGCGUUUUUAUCUUCACCGUUAUUGUCGAUAGACGAAAAGGAUAAUGCCAUCAAUGAGCUGGAGAAAGUCAUGGAGAACAAAUUCCUGCAAUAUUGCGACCGAUCUAUUCCUCUUCAACUGGCCACAAUAAUGAUGGCUCGUUCCGCCAUACAUUACACCAGGUUGGUGGCGCAUCAUCCACGACAGUACCGAGAUGGCAAUUCUUGCGUUUCACAAGCUGAAAAGGAUGUCAUUUUUGAAAAUUGCCUCAAGAUGGCAGAAUAUGCAGACCAUACCCAAACAAAUCCCGACGUGCAACGGUUUAGAUGGCAUACGGUGCACCAUAUGCCUUGGGAUGCAAUGAUCUUCAUGUUGUCUGAGAUGCAUACCCGUACUGAUCUAGAGGAGAAAAGCAAGGUUUGGGAGAUUAUCGGAAAUAUUUAUUCCCGCCAUGUUGGACAAAGGCGCACAAAUGCCGAGUCUCCCCUUCACCUGGCCAUGCAAAAUCUCAUGCUCAAAGCCUGGAAAACUUACACCGAGGAGUGUAACCACCAGCAUCGUGCGCCAACGCUUUGUCCGACCAUAAUACUCGCAUUAAUGGGUAAUUCCGAAGAAGUCACCUGGUCCCAAGCCACGCAAGAGCGAGCAAAUAUUAUUAUAAAAGAACCACAGCAUGGAAUAUCCGAUGGAAGAUCUGACGAAAACAGAGAUUUUGAUUUUCUGUUCCAAGACACCUCGAUAGACUGGAAUGACUGGGAUGGCCUGUUAACUCAAUUCCAGGAAUCGCUGAUGGAUGAUAUGGUGAAUUUUACGACUCAGUGA